GGGUUACCAGGGAAAUAUAUGUAUACAAAAUUUGUAGGGAUUUGCCAUAGAAAUGCAGAUCAAUGGAACAUGACAUUUUCAAACUUGUUACAUGAUGUUGCAUAUCUUUUCAGAACUAGAGCCAAUUGUUCAGAAUAGAACUUUUUAGAACCAGAGCCAAUCGUUUUGAAUUUGCUCAAUAACAUAUAAAGGUUGCAACUGCUUAACAAGAAUAUCCUGAUUUAUACCUUUAUAUAGGUAUACUUUAUAUACUUUAUAUAGGUAUACUUAUAUACCUAUAAGUAUAUAACUUAUACCUUUUCACUUGAGUAUACCUGAUGAUUGUGUAGACACAACCAUGUAGUUUUCUUAGUAACUACACUUAGUUGAGUCUCUUUCUAUUUUGAUCCUCGGAAUCAGAGCUAAAAGUCCUUUGCCAAACCAUGCUCAAAAAUUACUAUUUGUGCCCAACAAACUUACCUACACCAAAUCAAAACAUGAAAAGAAAUUAAGCAACUACUCCAAAUUUUAAAAAAGAACUCUAAAGAGCAGAUCCAAUUUUACUAUAGAAAAAACACAGCACUGAUGUCUGAUCUGAUCAUCAAGAUCAGAUGAUCUUGAAACCAAGAAGAAAAGAUAGGAAGAGCCACAUUGCCCCCAUCUUCUCAUUUCAGUCUUUUAUAAUCGUGUUCAUGUUGUCACUUCCCACAUGCUCUCAUAUUUAAGAUGGCACUAAAGAAAAGCAAAAUUUUCCUUUUUAAUCAAUCUUUCAAUCCAACUGCAUUAUGAUGGAAAGUUCUAUCAACACUAAGGUAACCGACUUCCUGACAUACUAAGAGGUGAGAAAAGGAGAACACAAUAGGAGAAUAGGAGUAGAAACAGAAAAGUUACAUCAAAAUUCAGUAUUCUUUUUUUAUUCUUAAAAAAACAGCAACAACUUAAAUGCAAAGUCGUAUUAGGUAAAAGCCUUACAAUCAUGAAAUUUUCAGAAGAAUCAACUUCUUUCAUCUUUAUUUAUUCUCAUGAAAAAUGUAUUAAGAGGAUCAAAUAGAAUCAAUCUUUUUCAUUCGGGAGCACUUACAGCUUUCCCUUGUAGAAUUAACCCAAGUCUAGUUUGGUCUCAAGACUAUAAUCUUAUAUGGAAUUAUCAUUCACCCUUGCUUUUAAAUCAGGAUAAAACAGGAUCCUGCAAUGCCCAAACUACUACAAGUGUAGUUCAGCAAAUGAGAACUACAGAGAUCAUUCUGAGUGCAAGAAAGGACAUUGGAUUGUGCAUCCAUUUUACUGAAUUAUAUUCAGACACCAAAUACAGUCAGAAAAGAGAGGUGAGAAGAUGAAGAGAGGGUCCAUUAAAAAUUGUUAAGUCACUGGGAAGGGCAGAGGCUUUCUGUUAAUCAGUGGAACAACUUGCCUUGAGAAGUUGUAAAUGCUCCAAGACUGGAAGUAUUAUAGAAGAAACUGGAUAAUCAUUUGUCUGAAAUGGUAUAGGGCAGUGAUGGCAAACCUAUGGCAUGCGUGCCAGAGGUGGCACACAGCAUCAUCUUUGAUGGCACGUGAGCCGUCGCCCCAGUUCAGCUCUCUUGCACAUGCGUGUACGCCUCCUGCUGGCCAGCUGGUCUUUGGGUCUCUGAUGCGCAUGCACAGAGUGCAUGUGGGGGGGGCAUGGGGCACAUGUGGGGUGCAUGUGCACAUUGUAUUUUGGUGGUUCAUGUGUACACUUUGGGCACUCGGUCCGGAAAAGGUUACCCAUCACUGGUAUAGGGUUUCCCGCCUAAACGGGGUUGGACUAGAAGACCUCCAUGGUCCCUUCCAACUCUGUUAUUCUAUUCUAUUCUAGAUGGCACCGCCUCACAAGACAUCCAUGUCUUUCUCCUGUAGACCACAGGAACAGAUUAUGUUUACACAAUGAUUAUAAACAGAUAAGGUGCAUGCAGCAGCAUUGGCUUGUCUAUGUGUGGCUUCAUACAGGUUAUGUAAACCCAGGUUAUUUGGCUAGCUUGUGGAUCAACUAAGCAAAAGCAGAAGAUUGGUUCAUUCAAUGUUCAGGUUUCUGAUUUGGGUAUUACUGGAUGAUACCAGCCAAUAUUUAUAUCACCUAUUUUCCUUCCCUUUUGAACCCUCUUCUGGCUAUUUGGUCUUUGAAUAAUAGCAUGGAAACUGAUAGAACAGCCAUUGAUAAAGAGGCUGUGUUCGCAUGACACACUAAGUCACAAACCAACCAACCGCAGAUCUCAUGAAAGUGCAAACCCAACCUAUGCAAGCAGUUUAUGUCUCCCACAAGAAUGAGAAUGAGUCACAAAAAGUAAACAAAGGAUACAGAAGUGAAUUAUCCCAGGCAGCUAAUACACCCGUGCAAACACACACACACACAAAGCCGCAAGAGGAAAGAGGUUGCUCGCUUUUAACAAAUUGCUUGAUCCGUUGACUUCUCACGCUGGGUUCUGCUUUCACCCCGAUCAGAUACAGCACAGAACGAAAACAAGAAACCAAGUUGGCACCAAUAAACCACCAUCACUAAAAGCAGGAUGCAUUCGGGUUUAGACGUCAGAGCGACUUAAUAUCUGCAUGGGUUCAGCUCCAGGCAGGGGAAGUGGUAAGUGCUGCCACCAAUUGGCCACAGCAGGCGGGGCACCCACCAAUCGGACAGAGCAACCUUUGAAGAGCCACAACCUCUUUGACUGUAGAGUCUAGAGACCCGGAGUCAUCUUCUUCAAGCGCUGCCGCUACAACGGCGGCCCAAUCACAGCCGAGCAAUUGCUUAAUAUCCCCGCCUCUUCGAGUAAGUCGCAGUUUUUCUAUUGGCAGGCCCCCGUGUGGACUACUGAAAGCCUGGCCGUGUCUUCCGAAGCUGCCCGCGCGCAUGGCAAGGGCCUCCUACGCAAGCGCAGUAAAGGCACGCUUUGCCGCUCUUCUCUCACGACCCUGAAACUUUAUGGUAACGCCGUGCUUGGUAAGGAGAAGGGAGCGGAUGUGACGCUAAGGGCGAAAAAAAAAAUAGGCCGGAUCGAUCCUAUUUCCGGUUGUGGCGGGUAUCAGGUUGUUGCCAUGGCGUAUUCCACGGUCCGGAAAGUGGCUCUGGCUUCUUGCUUCGUGUUAUGCGUAUCGCUGCUCCUGCCGAAGUUUCUCCGCUCGCGGGGUUGGAGGCAGCCGGAGCCCUCCACGGUCGCCCCGUCCACUGCCACGCUCGAGGGGAAAAGCAGUAGCUAUUUUACUCCAACAACACAUCCCCAGAUGUCUCCAGAAGUCAGGCCGCCUGCUUCCCAGUUUCCAAGAUCUCACCUUGCUGAGGCUAUUGCCAAAGCCAAGGGUGGAGGUGGCGGAGGAGGUGGAGGCAGUGGUACUGGGAGAGGUCUUGUGGGACAGGUCAUCCCAAUAUAUGGAUUUGGGAUUCUGUUAUACAUCCUAUACAUUCUGUUUAAGCUUUCUUCUAAGGGGAUGGUCUCAACAGCCGAGCAUAAAUGUCCUCCUUCAACACCUGGAAAUAAAAACCGGAAGAUCACUGACUAUGAACUUGCUCAGCUUCAAGAUAAACUGAGAGAGACUGAACAAGCCAUGGAAAAAAUAAUCAACAGAGUGGGACCCAACUGUGAAAGGUCCCCAAAUGUCACAACUGAUCAGGAGAAAAGGCUUCUUCAACAACUCCGGGAAAUUACUAAAGUCAUGAAAGAAGGCAAACUCAUUGACAGCAUCUCCCCGGAGAAAGAAGCAGAAGAGGCUCCUUAUAUGCAAGACUGGGAAGGUUAUCCAGAAGAGACCUUUCCUGUUUAUGAUAAUUCUGAUUGCUUCAGGCACAGACAGGACACGAUUCUGGUAGAUUGCCCAGAUCCAAGCCAGCCUUCUGCUGAAGAGAUAGCUGAGCAAAUGGAGUUUCUGGAGAAUGAGGACUGUUUAUAUAGUGAAACUCUUUUGUCUGCUCUUGCCAUAGUGAACAAUGGCUCUGCAGCAGGAUCUGAGAAGAACCAGCAGACAACAUUCAGUGCUCAGAGUGGGACUGGCCAUAACCUUGAGGAGUGUUACUGUUGCCACUAUGAAGAGAAUGAUCCUGCUGUUCUAGCAGAAAAUGCAGGAUUCUUCUCCGACAGCUGCAGUGAAACAGAAGAAGUAGUUAAAGGGGAGCUGCUGUUGGACUGUGAUUAUGGAAAUAUGGUAGCCACAGAGCAAAAUGAUGAGGAUCCUGAUGAAAUUGGUAUCCUAAGAAAGCGAAACACAAAAGGCACCGAGUUGCUAGGACACUGAGGAUUGUGUACAAACGUGUCACCUGCAGCACAGACUGUGAUCUUUGGUUUUAGGACCAAGCUUAACUUCUCUGUUGUGUGCCCAGUCAAAAUCUUGCAACAGUAUUAAUUGUCUCCCUCGCUAUGGCUUCCAAAGAUUUUGAAAACAAGAGAAUUUUACAUAGUUUUUCUAUGCACUUUUCUUCAGCUUUUGUCUUCAAGACUGCAGCUUAGAUUCACUGCAUUAGCUAGCCCUGCAAAAAGUGCAAAAAGCAAUCCAAGGAAAGGGGAUGUUCUCAUUUUUUCUCAGUGUAUUUAUGUAAUAAGAACAAAACAUGUCCUACAUAAACUGAUGUGGUUCAUUUUUAGUAACAUAUAAGGGCAGCAAACGAUCAAUACAUUUGAUCAUUAUAUAAGUAGUACAGUUUAGAUAAGAUUUCUUUGCUCAUUUUGCUAAGAAGGAAAACCUUUCAUAUCUUAAAAUGAAGAAAUUACAGCAUGCAAAAGAUAUUCCAUAGGCCAUUUGGUUGAUGUAGUGGUUUGAUUCACAUUUCCAAGCUGAAUCUCUGAAGGGAUGUGAAAUAUCAAAUUUCAUUGGAUGUUAAGACUGUCCAAUGAUCCGGAUUUGAAUAAGAGAUUUGUUGGAUCACACACAAGAGUAUAACACCAUCCUGUGACUCAUUAAAAUGGUCUCAUUUUUAUAGGGCCAUGCAGCUGCAAUCAUGCAAUCUUGAGAACAAAUGGGAUUGUUUCCUAAACGAGCUUGCAAACGGACACUGAGUUUACAUUCAGGCUCCUAUGGAUUCAAAAACACUUGUGGGUGAAAUUUGAAGCGUUGCACAU